AUGGCUGCAGCAGGGACAGAUGCAGACGGACAGGCUACUGCGCUCCGGGCAGAGUUGAAGCAGUGGGAGAAAACAUUUACGCUGCACGCCUCGCGCAAGCCAGGUCGCGAGGAUAUAAAGAAUGAUCCAGUCAUCGCUGAAAAGUACAAAGAGUAUGCACGGCUACGAUCAGAGUGCUCUCGAAAACCGGGGAAAGGAACAGGAGCAGUCGCCCGCCCACACGAGCAGCAGCAUCAAACACCUAAGAAGCGAGCGAAGAGGAACUGCCCUUUUGAAGACGACGACGAUGAAGGAACGGCCAAAACGCCUACAAAGCUAUGCACGCCCAGCAGGAACGCAGUGAACCCUCUACACCCUUCCUGUAUCGACCCGUACGACUCUCCCUCCAACAUUCGCCGAUUAAACGGCCCGCGGGAAUCACCUCUUCCUCUCCAGGAGGUUAUUGGACCUACUCCGCAGCGUGACGGGAAGGCUCUAGGGCUAUUCGAUCUUGUGGGCUCGCCGAGCCAGAAAACGCCUAUAGCAAACAGACAUAUUGCCGCGGCAGGGAUAGCGCAGACACCCUCUCGCAAGGUAGCGGGCACACCGUCGACCGGAGGGAGUGCCACGGCCACAGCGCGAAGACUAAGAUAUGCAUCCACUCCGUUAUCUUCGGCGCGUAAAUUCUAUCUAUCGAGCUUUUUCGCAACGCCAACGGCGAAUCGAUGCCUGACAAUUGCAGAAGACGAGGGUGUCGACGAUGAUGCUCGUGGAGCCUUGGAGUCGGAAACGCCGUCUUUCCUACGACGCAAGAAUUUCCUUUCUCCCGCUGCGAAAGGCCGGGCUCGUUCACCGGGCGUCCAUAGCCCUGUGCCAGUGGCCGUACGCAUGCCGCAGAAGUUAUUCGGAAAGGGGAUAAGCUCGUUUGCGAAACGGUUGCAAGAUGGGCAGAAUGCGGAUCAAGAAGAGACGGUCGACGAUUCGGAAGACCGAGUUGAAGAGACGCAGAUAUUUUCAGAUCCCGAAGUCGAUGGCGAGGAGGGAGAUGCCGCUGCCGAUGCUAACAAAUCUCCCUCGAAGACCUACAAGACUUAUAAGAAGAAAGGCCAGAAACGAACCACCAAAUUAUCCCGGCUUAGGCCCUCUCGUAACAAACCAGUGGCCCAGCCUCGAUGGGAGUCGUUGGUUGAGGAAAGCGAUGACGAACUCCCAGCCUCUAGAACGUCGGUUCCUCCUGACGGUAAUGAUUCUAGUGACGACCCUGAAGGAGAUGGCACGUAUAUGCCCAAGAAGAGCCGUGCAAAACCAGUCAAACCUGGUUUAACGACAGGAGCUGAGAAUAAACCCGAGAAGAAGCUGAGAAAAAUCAAAGCAGAGGCUCACGCCAACUACCGCUCCUUGAAGAUACGGAGUCGAGGCGGCCAGAAGGGCGGAGGCCGAUUCGGGAGACGAUGA